AUGAUGAUUCGGCAUGAGCGUGUGAAAGAAAAUUGUGGAAAGAGUGUGAGAUAGAAAGCUAUAGAAAUGAACGUGGGCUACUACUACCACCCUUUCUCUUCAUUGGCGCAUCAUUCCAGCGUCUCGUGUUAUGCACCAAUAACACGCACUUCUCAAACCCUCUUACACCAUCAUCGUCCUGUUUCUAUUUCUUUCUCCUUCUUCCAAAACCCUAAUUUCUAUACGGGGAACACUAUCUUCUUCAAGAUGCAGCGUUUCUGCUCUGUAAGUGGCAAAAAUAAGAACAAAGCAAUGGUGGAAAGGUUGCAGCAUUUUGGAGUAAUCAUGUCAAAUAAGGUGGCUGAAGUGAUGGAGACUGUUGAUAGAGCUUUGUUUGUACCCAGUGGAUCAGCAUCACCUUAUGAUGAUAGCCCCGUCGCCAUAGGCUACAAUGCCACUAUAUCUGCACCUCAUAUGCAUGCUACCUGCCUUCAGUUGCUGGAGGAGAAUUUGCAACCUGGGAUGCACGCUCUUGACAUUGGCUCUGGAACAGGGUAUUUGACUGCAUGUUUUGCCCAGAUGGUUGGACCCCAAGGCCGCGUUGUUGGUGUGGAGCAUAUUCCUGAGUUGGUUUCUCUUGCAAUAGAAAAUAUUCAGAAAAGUGCUGCAGCUACACUGUUGAAAGAUGGUUCCCUUUCUGUACAUGCUGGUGAUGGAAGGGAAGGUUGGCCGGAGUUUGCUCCUUAUGAUGCCAUUCAUGUUGGAGCAGCUGCACCAGAAAUUCCCCAACCACUUAUUGACCAGUUGAAACCUGGUGGGAGAAUGGUGAUCCCUGUUGGUAACAUAUUUCAAGACUUAAAGGUGGUCGAUAAGAAUCCUGAUGGUUCUAUCAGUAUCCGGACUGAGACCUCUGUUCGUUACGUGCCCCUCACUAGUCGAGAAGCUCAACUUCGCGGCUACUAAGAUGGAGGCUAAAUCCUGAAUUUUGGAAAGCUUUUAGGAGUCGGUGUUUGCAACUUGAAUGUACACAUAUGCCCAUAGAAUUUGUAUAGUUAAUUUUUCUUGAAUUUUGGAAGGUUUAUACAGAUAUCUAUCGGAUGUUGGAACUUGAUAGUAAAAAGGUUCGUGCUGUUAGAAUUUGGAUAGUAAAAAGGUUCGUGCUCUUCUAACAGGAUAGAUUCAUUUAAA